GCUUCGGCGAGAAGCGGCGGAAGAUCUGGAGUGCCCCCACGAUUCAACAGCAGCCGUGCCUGACACAUGCACGAAGCUGUGAUGUUCCCACAGUGGACUUUGACUUCAGCAGCCCCCCUGCCACUGACAACUCGGGAAUCAAGCUUCAGCGAUCAUGCUUCGAGAGCGAGUCCGGGGCUUUGUUUGCUGUUUGGGCUUUGUGGCUGCGGCGAUACGGGAUUCCUUUGGCAGUCCUAGAGAAUUCUCCGGAGCUGGAGCUGCAAACCCUGGAUCGGCUGUUGUCGGACAUGUACACCACUCACCCUGUCGUGGUGGACCUUGAAGAUGACUAUCUGGUGGCCUCGAAAUUCGAAGUCCAGUGCGAGGCGAUGGAGGUUGCACGUGCUUUGCCUGGGAGCUAUGUAGGUGCCCGAGGAUUGAAGUAUCGGCCCAGAGCGACUGACUUGUCCUACCUUCUGACAGAGCACGAGGAGAAAGCGAGGCGACGGCUGGAUGCGACAUAUGUCAAGAAAUUUAGCAAGAACCCAUGGGAUGAUCCAAACCUAGUAUAUUUGCUUGGUAGUGACCCACAGUGGACCACCUCUUGGACUGCGGUGUCUGGCCGUCUUCCAGACAUCCACGGGAAUGUUGCCACCGGCAAAUUCUGGUACCCUCACUUCAAGAGGCUGUCUGCCAUGACUUUUCCGGUGACUGAAGCUUCCGCAUCAGUGCUGGGUGUGCCGGUGUUAG